AUGACUACAACUUGUGAAAUUUCUUGCUACCUUUCCACUACUAACUGUGUCUCCAGACCCUGCUGCAUCACCAAUUCUUAUCUCAUGAGUUCCUGCCAAACAUCACUGUAUGACAGACUUCAGAGCUAUUUGUCCAGUAGUUGCUACCCCACAAAUCACCUCCCCUAUAGCUGUCAAUCACUGAGCUUCAUCUCCUGUGUCUAUUGACCACUGAAUUUUGUAUCCAGCACCUGCUAUCCUUUGAAUGAUCUCUCCUAUGGUUGUCAAUCUGUAGGUGAUGUGUCCAACAGCUUCAGACCCCUCAACUAAGUGUCUAAUAGCAUUCAACCUGUACAGGUUUGCCAAAUGUGCAACAGUUUCCACCCAGCAUGUUAUUGCUUUGGGGGUUGGCAAUGUCCAUUUUUUGGAAGACUGUGCUGA